AAUAUAAAUACAUAUCAUUACAUUAUAAUAACCACUUUUUUUUUUGUUCUGUCUCCAUUUCAUUCUUAUUAUUUUGAAUAUGGAUAUUCGAGACUUAUUAAAUACGCCAAUAAGUAACGAAAAAGCAUUUCAUUGUAAGUGGUCUGGAUGUAUUAAAUCAUUUUCUCGUCGUUCAGAUCUUUCAAGACAUACAAGAAUUCAUACAGGAGAAAGACCUUAUCAUUGUAAAUGGCCAACAUGUGAAAAACAAUUUAUUCAAAGGUCAGCUCUAACCGUUCAUUAUCGGACUCAUACUGGAGAGCGACCUCAUUUAUGUGAAUAUGAAUCAUGUGGAAAAUCAUUUAGCGAUUCAUCUUCAUUAGCAAGACACAGAAGAACGCAUACAGGCAAAAGACCUUAUAUAUGUUUAUUUGCUGAUUGUGGAAAAUCAUUUACUCGUAAAACAACUUUAUCAAGACAUCAACACUGUCAUGAUCCAAAAUGGAAAACUUACAAUAUUAGCUUGGAACAGAAAAAGAGAGGCGAUUUGAUAAGAGAUGAUAACUUUGUGAUUACAACUUCUACUGCAAUAGAACAUAUGUCACCAAUUAUUACUAAUUCACCUACAAGUAGUUAUGAAUCAGAUUUAGAGUCACCCCUAACUUCGCCUUCUGUAAGUUUUCUACAAAAAAACUAUCAUCAUGAAGAUAAAAAUGCCGAUUAUUUGAUUUAUAAAUCAUUUCCUAAUAAUGUGAUAUACUUGCCUACAGCUAUUAGAUCAGCUUUUUAUCGUAUGUCAGAUCAUAACUCGUCAUUUAUACAUCAGGCAUAAAAUAGUAAUGUCAAAAGAAGGAAUAUUAUCGCUAGAUGCAUG